GUCUCUAAAAGAGAUUGCAGAAAAGUCCUGUAGAAGAAGCCGCCAACCAGAGAACAAAAGUUAUUCAACACAAACGCACAUUUGGUCUCUGGUUCUCCAUCGAAAUUCCUGCUGAACUUUCCUAUUUGGAAGGAAAAGACAGCAAGCAUUCUCUCUGGUAUUUCUUUCUCUGAAUCUCUCUUUCAGCACUACCAUUUUACUCAUACAAACUCGCACAUUUCUGCGCUAACCUGAGCGUUUCUUGUUCACUUCUUGGCUGCAUGUUCAAGACUUGAUUGUUCUGGUUUUCACGUAACCUUGUUUAAUUUCUGCUUCCUGGCUUCCUUUUCCUUUUCUGUUCCCUGUCUGUGAAAAAAUGAAAAGCGAACGUCUGGUUGUUUCGGUAACAAAAUCUGUGGUUGGAUGCUGAUAACAUGGAGGACAAAGCAACAAAACUAUAUUUCUUUUCUUUUCUUGAUUUCCUUCUUUAGAUGGAGCACAUUAGAACUCCGUUUAGAGGCAUCCUAAACGAUGUUAGAGGAAGAGCAGCCUGCUAUAAACAAGAUUGGGUUGCAGGCAUUCUUUCUGGAUUCGGUAUACUGGCACCAACUACGUAUAUCUUCUUCGCUUCAGCCCUUCCUGUUAUUGCCUUCGGCGAGCAACUUAGAAGAGAUACAGAUGGAAGCUUGAGCACAGUGGAAACUUUAGCUUCUACUGCUCUUUGUGGCAUCAUACACUCAAUACUUGGUGGGCAACCUCUAUUAAUAUUAGGAGUUGCAGAACCCACUGUUUUAAUGUACACUUAUCUGUACAAAUUUGCCAAAGGAAGGGAAGAAUUAGGGCAAAAACUAUUCUUGGCGUGGGCUGGAUGGGUUUGCGUCUGGACAGCUCUUUUGCUGUUCCUUCUUGCAAUAUUCAAUGCGUGUGCUAUAAUCAAUCGGUUUACUCGAGUAGCAGGCGAACUUUUUGGCAUGUUGAUUGCUGUUUUGUUCAUGCAAGAGGCUAUCAAGGGCAUGGUCAGCGAGUUUGAAAUUCCCAAAGCUGAAGACCCGAAGCUAGAUAGGUAUCAAUUUCAGUGGCUUUACACUAAUGGACUUCUGGGUAUCAUAUUCACUUUUGGCCUUCUUUAUACUGCAUUAAAAAGUAGAAGGGCAAGAGCAUGGUGGUAUGGCACAGGUUGGUUUAGAAGUUUUAUUGCAGACUAUGGUGUUCCUUUAAUGGUUGUGGUGUGGACAGCACUUUCAUUUAGUAUACCAAGCAAAGUUCCUUCUGGGGUUCCCAGAAAACUUUUUAGCCCUCUUCCAUGGGAAUCUGCAUCCUUACAUCACUGGACUGUCAUCAAGGAUAUGGGGAAUGUCCCCCCAGCAUAUAUCUUUGCUGCCUUUGUUCCUGCUGUGAUGAUAGCAGGGCUCUACUUUUUUGACCACAGUGUUGCAUCCCAGAUGGCACAACAAAAGGAGUUCAAUCUUAAAAAUCCUUCUGCGUAUCAUUAUGACAUCUUGUUGCUGAGCUUUAUGACUUUGCUUUGUGGAAUACUUGGGCUACCUCCUUCUAAUGGUGUUCUACCACAGUCUCCUAUGCAUACUAAGAGCCUUGCUGUCCUCAAAAGACAGUUGAUUCGAAGGAAGAUGGUGGAAAGUGCCAAAGAAAGCAUCAAGCAGAAAGCUAGCAACUCUGAAAUCUAUGGCAUGAUGCAGGAUGUGUUCAUUGAAAUGGACAGCAGUCGAAUUACUACAGUAGUUAGAGAGCUGGAAGCCCUGAAGGAGGCAGUCAUGAAAGGAGAAAAUCCAAAGGAUAAAUUUGAUCCUGAGAAGCACAUUGAUGCCUACUUGCCUGUCCGAGUUAAUGAGCAAAGAGUAAGCAAUUUUCUGCAGUCACUACUUGUGGCAGCAUCAGUGAGUGCUGUGCCUGCAAUAAAGUUGAUACCUACAUCAGUCCUUUGGGGAUAUUUUGCUUACAUGGCAAUCGACAGUCUCCCUGGGAACCAGUUCUGGGAAAGAAUGCUACUUCUCUUCGUUACACCUGGCCGACGCUACAAGGUCUUGGAGGGGGUUCAUGCUUCUUUUGUGGAAUCAGUUCCAUUCAAAUACAUUGCCAUAUUUACAAUCUUCCAAUUCGUGUAUUUCCUAUUCUGUUAUGGUGUGACAUGGAUUCCGAUAGCUGGAAUCUUGUUCCCUUUGCCGUUCUUUGUUCUCAUCAGCAUAAGACAACACAUCCUUCCUAAGUUGUUCUGUCCAAAUCAUUUGCGGGAACUAGAUGCAGCUGAGUAUGAGGAGAUCACCGGAACCCAACGACUGUCUCUCAGCCUCUCUUUCAAGGAAAGAGAAGCACAUGUUCUUGGAAACGAGGAAGGGGAAGUGGAGAUGUGUGAUGCUGAGAUAUUUGACGAGCUGACUACCAGCAGAGGGGAGUUGAAGGUUAGAACUGUAAGCUUCAGUGAAGAGAAAAAUACUCAGGUUUAUCCUGAGGGUGCUGUCCAACCAGAAUGAGACGAUAAACCAUCUUGAUCACGACUAAAAAAUUUAAAGGAUGAUAAUGAAAAAUGAUACUUCAACGAGAAAAGAAUCCCAUCAUGUGAUAGUUACAG